CUUUUGCGGCCAUCGCUGGAGCUGCAGCGGGUGAGUUUUCGCCGGCCGAGCGCGAGUAAUCCGUAGCCAUCCGUUCGCGGGUGUGCUGUCUUUUGGCCCUAGGGGCCCGAUACUCUCCCGGCGAACGAGUAGCGCCGAGGGAGAGGGGCUAGGAUGGUCCCCAGCCUGUCUUCCUCUUAAUUUCCAGGGGCGGCCGACUCGGGAAGGGAGGAGAGGGGUUUGGAAACUCGGAAUCGGAGCCCGGAGAGGAGGGGUUCUGCGCAGAUGGUUCAAGUCUAUUCAGUGUCGUUUCUUAAAGAAGAGCCUCGAAAUAACUUUGGCAAAGCCAGGGAACUUGCAGGCCGCGCUCAUUAGAAGGUUUUCUUGGACCCGAGAUGUGCAGCGUUUCCCAGCCAACAUGAAGUUCAAUCCGUUUGUGACCUCCGAUCGGAGCAAGAACCGUAAAAGGCAUUUCAAUGCACCUUCGCACAUUCGCAGGAAGAUUAUGUCCUCCCCUCUUUCCAAAGAGCUACGACAGAAGUACAACGUUCGAUCCAUGCCCAUCCGGAAGGACGACGAAGUACAGGUUGUGCGAGGACACUACAAAGGUCAGCAGAUUGGCAAAGUAGUCCAGGUUUACAGGAAGAAAUACGUCAUCUACAUUGAACGAGUGCAGCGAGAGAAGGCCAAUGGCACAACUGUCCACGUGGGCAUCCACCCCAGCAAGGUGGUUAUCACUAGACUAAAACUGGACAAAGACCGCAAAAAGAUCCUUGAACGCAAAGCCAAAUCUCGCCAAGUAGGAAAGGAAAAGGGCAAAUAUAAGGAAGAAACGAUUGAGAAGAUGCAGGAAUAAAGUAAUCUUAUAUUCAACUUUAAAUAAAAACUGUUAAAAUGAUAAAA